UGGCUUAGAUGAUAAGGCUAUCCACACUGCCAGUAUGAUUUCCAAACAACUUGCAGUCGUCUGCCUCCUGGUUGGUCACGUGAUAUGUAUGAACAGUCGAGAUGACAAUAUGGCUGUAGAACCUCAUUUCUCAACCACUACAGUUUUAGCAACGACAACACCGACGACGACGCCAACACCUACUCCCCUAGUCUGUGAGGACAAGCUAUCAACAUGCAGCAUCUACAAGUCUGCCUGCGAGGCGGACACACAACAGAAGUGGGCGGAGAAGUACUGCGCCAAGACUUGCCACCUGUGUAACGAGACGACAGUAGCGGUGACACUGCCAACAAGGCCAUUUACUGGUCCAACAGUGUAUCACACGCUGCCGGCGACUUGUGUCGACAAAUGGAGCAACUGUGACUCCUACCCUCACUCAUGCGCGCCGGUGUACAAAGACUGGGCUUCCGUCAACUGUGCGCGAUUCUGCUCCUUAUGUUGAGUACAGGAAUCCAUUCCGUGUAGAAAAUGUCGCUUUGUGUGUGCACUGUGAGAUGGUCUGAUGUACCACACAAGGGUACUAUUAAAUGACGUCAGAUGGCAUCA